GUCCACAAUGCCGGAAGCAUCAACAGUGGCGCAGCCAAGCAUUUUCCGAGGGCGGCUCAAGGAGUAUCAGCUCAAGGGGCUGCAGUGGCUUGUCAAUCUCUACGAGCAGGGUCUGAACGGGAUUUUGGCGGAUGAAAUGGGACUGGGCAAGACCAUUCAAGCCAUGACCUUCCUUGCUCAUCUGGCCGAGGAGAAGGGCAUUUGGGGGCCCUUCCUUGUGGUGGCGCCAGCGUCGGUUCUCAGCAACUGGGCGGACGAGCUUGCACGGUUCCUGCCGGAGUUCAAGGUGCUGCCGUACUGGGGUGGGCUGCCGGAGCGCACAGUGCUGCGCAAGAACAUCCAUCCGAAGAAGCUGUACCGCAAGGACGCGGCCUUCCAUGUGAUGGUGACGUCGUACCAGCUGCUGGUAGCAGACGACAAGUACCUGCGGCGAGUCAAGUGGCAGUACCUCGUUCUGGACGAAGCUCAGGCCAUCAAGAGCGCUGGCAGCAUCCGGUGGCGCACGCUGCUGUCGUUCUCGUGCCGCAACCGGCUGCUGCUGACGGGCACGCCCAUCCAGAACUCCAUGGCGGAGCUGUGGGCGCUGCUGCACUUCAUCAUGCCCACGCUCUUCGACAGCCACGAGCAGUUCAGCGAAUGGUUCUCCAAGGGCAUUGAGGGGCAUGCGGAGCAUGGAGGGCUGCUCAACGAGCAUCAGCUCAGCCGUCUGCACGCCAUUCUGAAGCCGUUCAUGCUGCGGCGGGUGAAGAAGGACGUGGAGACGGAGAUGAGCGGCAAGAAGGAGCUCGUGGUACCGUGCGAGCUGCGCGCGCGGCAGCAGGCGCUGUACCGCGCGGUGAAGAACAAGAUCUCCAUUGCUGACCUGUUUGACAGCGUGGGCGGGCAGAUCAACGAGAAGAAGGUUCUGCACCUCAUGAACCUCGUCAUUCAACUCCGGAAGGUGUGCAACCACCCAGAGCUGUUUGAGCGCAACGAGGCAGCGGCGUAUUUCUACUUUGCCACCAUCUCCCCGCCGCUGCAGCCCCCACCGUUCGGGGAGCUUGACUGGGUGCCGUACAGCGGGCGCCACAACCCCAUCUCGUACACGAUGCCCAAGCUUCUCUACCGAGAAUGCACACCUGCGCUCCCGCCCACCUCCUCUGGUGUGUUCCAGGGCUUCGCAAACAAGUGGCUGUACCACCAACUAUCCAUCUUCUCCCCCCUCCACAUCCACCACUCUCUCUUUCCCCGCUCUCCCCCGUCCUCCUCCCCACCAUCCUCCUCCUCUCCUUCCUCCCCCUCCUCCUCCCCCUCCUCUCUCUCUGCUUCUUCAGCCACUCACCAGUCCCGUCCAGUGCUACGCCUCCCCUCUCCUGCCUCUCCAUCCGCCUCCUCUUACUCUUCCACCCCCGCUGCUAUCUCUCCAUUCGGGUUUCUCCGCCUGUUGAAUCUAGCCCCUUCGGAUGUCUCCUUUCUAGCUCGUGCCACGGCCUUUGAGAGGGCUGUUGCGGGGGAGUUGAUGAGGCAAGCGGGGUGUGCGCAGGUGUUUAUGGGGGAGGGCUCAAUUGACUGGGUGGAUGAUUGGGAGGAGGAUUGGGCGGUUGGGAAGGGGAGGCAUGUUGAGGGGGAGAAAGAGGAGGAGGAAAGGGGGGAGGAGGAGGAGAGGGGAAGAGAGGAGGAGGGGAUGGAAGAGAGGUUGUUGGCUGUACAUAGAUUGUUGUGUGUGAAGCCGAGAGGGCAAGGAGCUUUGUUGAGGAGACGAGAGCACUGGUUACGAAAGGUAGAGGAGAGACGAUUUGGUGACAAAGAGGAGAGGGGUGUGAGGAAGGAGAACCAGGAAGAGGAGAGAGUUAAGGGGGAGGAGGCAGCGAAGGUAGGAGAGGAAGAGGAGGGCGGGAGGGUAGGGGAACGAGGUGAGGGGGGGGCGCGGGUGGAAGGGAGGAGUGGGGAAGAUGUGGAGCGGGGUAACGAAGGAGUAGAUGUUAAGAGAGAGGACGAGGAUGUUGUUAUGGAGGAGAGGAGAGGAGAAGAGGGGAAGGAGAGCGAUAAGGAAGGAGAUCAAGAAAGGGAUAAGGAUAGAGGGGGAGGUGAAGAGACGGAGAAGGAGGUAGAUGGAGAGAAAGAGCGCGGAGAGGAGGCUAUGGAGGUGGAUGGGGAGAAAGCGAGUGAGGACAAGGAGGUGAAGGGAGAGAAAGUUGGAGAUAGGGAGGAAGAGAAAGACGGGGAGAGGGAGAAGGAUGCGGGAAAGCAGGCGAGUGGCAGUAAUGAGGAAGAUGUGAGAAGACGAGAGGUGGAAGGGAGUGUGAAAAUAGAGGAGGUGAAAGAGGAGGCAGAGGGAAGAGGAGAGGGGGAGAGAAUGGGGGGGAUAAAGGAGGGUGGAGUGAAGGAGGAAGAGGACCGUCUCUACAACGCCACGUCACUCAUCCGAGCCACCCGCACCUUCAUGCCCCCCGUACGGGGCCCGCCCAUCGAUUUCCUCUGCCACGACCGCUCGUUCGCGUACCAGCAGCAGCAGCAGCUCUACCCGCCGUGGGCGAUGCGUUUGCUGCUGGGUUUCACGCGUGUGAAUGAGUUCUCUGGGCCGUUUCUACCCGCGGAUCCGGGGAUGGAGUUGCAGCUGCCGCGGCCGCUGCUCGGCGUGCAGUUUGAUGUGGAAGGGUCGUCUCCGCCUAUUCAGAUAUUUGACUUCUCGAAGAUGCUCACGGACUCGGGCAAGCUGCAUCAGCUGGACGUGUUGUUGCGGCGGCUGAGAGCGGAAGGGCACCGAGUGCUGCUGUUCGCACAGAUGACCAAGAUGCUCAACAUCCUCGAGGACUACAUGAGCUAUCGCAAGUACAAGUACCUGCGGCUGGAUGGUUCGUCUACGAUUGUGGAUCGCAGGGAGAUGGUGAAGGACUUUCAGCACAAAUCCGACAUCUUUGUGUUUCUGCUGAGCACGCGCGCGGGCGGGCUGGGCAUCAACCUGACGGCGGCAGACACGGUGAUUUUCUACGAGAGCGACUGGAACCCCACCAUGGACCUGCAGGCCAUGGACCGCGCGCACCGCCUGGGGCAGACGCGCGAGCUCGUUGCAUCUUCUGCUCUUGUAAUCGCCCUCCUCCUCUCCACAUACUCUUCCGUUCCUCCCCCACCAGGUGACGGUGUGUACCGGAUGAUCUGCGGCGGAACGGUGGAGGAGAAGAUAGUGAAGCGCGCCAAUCAGAAGAACACCGUGCAGCAGCUCGUCAUGACGGGGCAGGGCGGCGCUGCAGGCGGAGGGCUGGUGGCGGGGGGCGGUGGCGCGGGCGGCGGAGACGUGUUUGAGGCGGAGGAGGUGGUGUCGCUGCUGCUGGACGAUGCUGAGCUGGAGGCGCAGCUUAAAGCCCAGCAAGAGCAGGCUGCAGCCAAGCAGCACUCUGUAAGUGCCUGUCUGGAGUGGGUGGGGGAUGACGGGGCAGGGCGGCGGGCUGGUGGCGGGCUGGUGGCGGGCUGGUGGCGGGGGGGGGGCGGUGGCGCGGGCGGCGGAGACGUGUUUGAGGCGGAGGAGGUGGUGUCGCUGCUGCUGGACGAUGCUGAGCUGGAAGCGCAGCUUAAAGCCCAGCAGGAGCAAGCGGCUGCGAAGCAGCACUCGGUAGGUGGGGAUGGGGGUGCCUGGGGUGGGGGAAAAGGGUGCAGCAUGUGGAGGAGGUGGUGUCGCUGCUGCUGUUAG